CUGCUGGGCUUCGGAGCCUUAUUUGCAUCGUCAUUCAUUUGGGACAACACAAACGUAUAUAUCCAAUUGGGCUACAAAGGUUAUGGUUGGCAAACAUUAGUAAUAGCUUUUCUUCUGCUCAGCUUUAUCGUCUCUAUGUCUAUUUUGAUAAGUCAAACAUCUGGUCGAGAGUUUAUUAAUGAACUUGGCAAAUUUAAACUUAUAAUUGUUUAUUGUGUUUGCUGUGCAACAAUGAUAAUCGCAUCAGCGUUGGAAUCGUGGUAUUCAACAAAAGCACAUCGUGAAAAUUAUCAUUUAUAUUAUCCUAGAUUUGUUAUUGUUACUGUAAGUUUCGGUUUAUUACACAGUUAAAA